AUGGCUCGCCACUGGCUCUCACGAGCCGCUUCGUUGGCUGGCCUGGGGGUAAUGCUACUGCUGUCUGAAGUCGUGGCAGACGCUCAAAAACCUGGCUAUGAUUUCGUUGAUCCUCUUAUUGGGACUCGCAACGGAGGUCAUGUAUUCGCCGGCGCAAGUCUGCCCUUUGGAAUGGCAAAAGCAGUUGCCGAUAGUACGGAGGAUAAUCAGGGUGGUUUUGCCUCCAACGACAGCCCGAUAUCCGGUUUCUCCCACAUGCACGACUCCGGCACUGGAGGAGCACUGUCGCUUGGAAACUUUCCGAUAUUCCCAUAUCCUGGAUGUCGAGGAGACGACAUCAACGGGUGUGUUUUCCCAAAAGCUAACCGCUCCGUGGUACCUGUUAUAAACAGUGUCUCUGCGCGUCCCGGAUACUUUACUGUCGAUCUCUUGUCCGGUGUCAGGGGCGAGAUUACGGCGACGAACCACACGGCUCUGUACAAGUUCACCUUCUUCGGCAACGCCACUGGGAAUGCGACCGUCGAUGGUCCUCUCAGCCCCCUGUUUAUUAUCGAUCUCACGGAUCUCCCCAAUACCAGGCAAAGUGGCUCGGCCGCGGUGAACCCCGAGACUGGAAGGAUGACGGGGACUGGUCGAUUUGAGCCGAGCUUUGGUCUGGGACAAUACGAUGCGUAUUACUGUGCUGAUUUCCGAGGGGCAACCAUUCGCGAUACUGGUGUCUUUAUCAACACGCGGGCUGGCAACGAUCCAAAGAAUAUCACCGUCGCCAAGGAUAACAAUAACCCCCCUCUGCCUGCUGGGACCUGGCUCUGGUUCGAAGCCUCUGGAAACGAGCCUGUCGAGAUUAUAGCGCGGGUGGGGGUCUCAUUCAUUAGUAUUCAACAGGCUUGCUCGAACUCAGAGACUGAAGUGCCCGACUUUGACUUUGAUGCCACGCUACAGGCAGCCGAACAGGUCUGGCGAGACAAACUGUCGAUCAUCAGCGUCGAUGCUACGGAUGUCGAGGACUCUCUCCAAACUAUUUUCUGGAGCGGCGUUUAUCGUGCCAUGCUAAGUCCGCAAGACUACACCGGGGAGAAUCCGCUGUGGGAGAGCGAUGAGCCCUAUUACGAUUCGUACUAUUGCAUCUGGGACUCGUUUCGAAGCAUACACCCAUUCAUCACACUCAUCGAUACCCAUUCCCAAACUCGAAUGAUUCGGUCUCUAAUUGAUAUUUAUCGUCAUGAAGGGUAUCUGCCAGACUGUCGCAUGUCCUUGUGCAAGGGGUUUACGCAGGGAGGAUCCAAUGCCGACGUGGUGCUGGUCGAUGCGUUCCUAAAGAAUAUCACCGAGGGCGUCGACUGGGAUAUCGGAUACGAAGCGCUGGUCAAGGACGCAGAAAUCGAGCCGCAGGUGUGGGAUCUCGAAGGCCGUGGCGGACUAAGAAGCUGGAAAUCCCUUGGCUAUAUUCCUGCAGACGACUUUGAUCCAGAUGGAAACGGACUAUUCACCCGGAGCAUCAGUCGAACGGUCGAGUAUGCUUAUAAUGACUUUUGUAUCGCUCAAAUCGCCCAAUCCCUGGGCAAGCAGGAUGACUAUGAAAAGUACCUCGGUCGCUCGCACAACUGGAUCAACCUCUAUAAUCCGAGCCAGACAUCUAGCAUUAAUGGCACCGAGACUGGCUUUGCCGGCUUUCUGCAACCCAAAUACCUCAACCAGACCUUCGGUGUCCAGGAUCCCAUCUUCUGCUCCCCGCUUCUCAAUUUCGAGUCUUGCUACUUGAACCCUGGCGGCCACGAAACAUAUGAGGGCAGCUCGUGGCUCUACACCUUUUUUGCGCCGCACGACCACGCAACCCUGAUUGCUACGCUUGGCGGACCCGACGAGUUUGUACGACGACUUGACUAUUUACACGAGAGCGGUCUUUUAUACAUCGGUGACGAGCAGGCAUUUCUACCCAUCUUCCAGUAUCACUAUGCCGGACGUCCUGGAAAGUCAGCUGCUCGCAUCCACAGCUAUAUCCCAUCCCAAUUCAACACGUCGACUGCCGGCAUACCCGGCAACGAUGACUCGGGCGCCAUGGGUUCCUUUGCAGCAUUAUCGAUGCUAGGCAUUUUUCCCAACCCAGGUCAAGAUGUUUAUUUUAUUACCCCGCCAUUCUUUCGUAAAAUAUCCAUUACAAAUCAGCACACCGGCAAGGUGGCCACCAUUCGAGGAACGCUGGAACUUGUACUCGGCCCAAAAGAAAAUACAGCCUGGGGCCACGGCGCAAAUGGGGUCCCUCCAAGCUAUUCGUAA